AUUAAUUGUCAAUCGGCUACCUCUACUUUCCCAUCCCAACUACUUUCCCAUCCCAAAUGUAUUAUUCAACGUUAGCCAUACUCUUGGUACUCCUUGUACCUCUUUGUUCCUUUAUCUACUUCUUCCGCCCACGAAACCACCACAAAAAUGGCCGGAAACAUCCACCCGGUCCUGCUCCUCUUCCCAUUAUUGGUAACCUCCAUAUGCUAGGGAACCUUCCUCACCAAACCCUUCACCAUCUUGGCAAAAAAUAUGGACCCAUAAUGUCAAUAAAGCUAGGCUAUGUACCGACCAUUGUGGUAUCAUCACCUGAAGCCGCUGAACAGUUCCUCAAGGUCCAUGACCUUGUUUUUGCUUCCAGGCCUAACCUCCAAUCUACCGAGUACUUGACCUACAGUGGCAAGGGCUUGGCUUUUGCCCACUACGGUUCCUAUUGGCGAACUGCACGGAAAUUGUCCACUUUGCACUUCCUUAGUGCUUCAAAAAUCGAAUGUUUUGCCCCAGUUAGGAAGGAAGAGGUGGUGUCAUUGGUUGAAUCGGUGAGGAAGGCAGUGACGGCGGGUGAGACGGUGGACCUUAGCCGGAAGUUAGGUAAGGUUAUUGAAGUAAUGAUGUGUAAACUGCUUUUCGGGCAGUCCAUGGAUGAUAAAUUCCAAUUCAAACCGCUAGUUGACGAGACCAUGCUCUUGGCUGGGGUUUUCAAUCUAUCAGAUUAUCUACCUUUUCUUGCACCACUUGACCUUCAGGGAUAUAGAAGAAGGCUUAAGAGGACAAGCAAUGGGCUUCACGCAAUUUUUGACAAAAUGGUUGAUGAACAUCAACAAGGGACUUACGCCAAGGAACAAAAACCUUACACAGAUUUCUUUCAUGUACUGGUUUCAUUGUUGGAUACACCCAUGAACCCUAACGAUGAAGAGCAGCAGUACAUCAUUGGUAGAGAAAACAUCAAGGCCAUAAUGGUGGACAUGGUGGCAGCUUCAUUUGACACCACAGCUACAGCCAUUGAGUGGACACUUGCAGAGCUUCUAAGGCAUCCUUCAGUCAUGGUUGCUCUUCAACAAGAACUAGAAAGAAUUGUUGGAAGGCAUAGAAUGGUAGAAGAGUCGGAUCUACCGAAGCUUGCUUACUUAGAUAUGGUCAUCAAAGAGAGUUUAAGGUUGCAUCCAGUGGCGCCUUUACUAAUUCCACGUGAGUCGACAGAAGAUAUCACCAUUGAUGGAUAUUUCAUUCCAAAGAAGUCGCGAAUUUUAGUGAAUGUUUGGUCCAUCGGGCGAGACCACAAAGUAUGGUCAAACAAUGCUGAAGAGUUCUUUCCAGAAAGGUUCAAGGAUAGCAACAUAGACCUUCGAGGACAUGAUUUCCAACUCAUCCCUUUCGGGAGUGGCCGUAGAGGAUGUCCUGGAAUGCAGUUAGGGUUGACCACCAUGCGUCUAAUUAUAGCUCAAUUAGUUCAUUGCUUUGAUUGGGAGUUGCCUGAUGGGAUGUUGCCUAAUGAACUCGAUAUGACUGAGAAGUUUGGGCUCUCGUUGCCAAGGGCUAAUCAUUUACUUGCAAACCCAACUUAUCGUUUAGUUGGUUAAAGUGAGAUAACUAAGGGUACGUAAGAUGCAUAUCAAUUAUCAAAAAAAUUGAGGUAACUAUCAUGGUCCCAUUGUUUUAAGGUGAGUUCCUCAGCUAAGGGUUCUCAUUUGGGCUUGAUUAUGGGUUGUUUUGUUGCCCUUUCAUCAACUUAGGGUUAGUUUUCUAUUUGUUGUUGCUGUUAAAAAGUGUUUUUUUAAAAUACUUUUAGAAUUUAUGUGUUAAGCAUUAUUUAUGGUCAUAAAAGGUAUUUUUGAAAAGCAAGAGGAAAUAAAACGAAAGUAGUUUUGAAAA